GUGAAACGUUUCUUUAGGCGGGGCCUAGCCUGUGGACUGGCGGAGGGAGUACCACUGCAUGCGAGCAAAGACGGAGCCUGGGAGGCGAUUAGUAGCUUCUCGUGAUUUGGUUUGGGAAAGGUUGUUCCUUGUCGGACCGAUGGAAGUGAAUGCCUGGACGGCUGACUCCAAUGGCCCUACCGAGAUGUGCGGGGUGAUUCCCGAGAUUAACGGUGGGUACACGAACGACAAGUCGGGAUGGGGUAUUCUGGGCAAGAAGGAUAGGCGCCGGAAAAACAAGAUGGCGCGAUGGUUGUCGCCCCCUGUCUACUCUAGCGGUCCGGAAAUGCCCAUAGAUGUAAGGGAAGGGGUAUCUGUCGUCCUCCCGGAGGAAGGAACGUGGACGGACCUAGAGCCAGCUUAUGAAACCGUGAUGCUGGACGAGAAGGACGCGUUCCUCUGGAUAAAGACAAUCUGGACUAAGGUCAGCCUGACAAGACUUUCACCUAGUCUGAUGAACCUAGAAUUCCGGGGAACGGUGGAAGCUCGAGGAUGGGUCUACGUAUCUCAGGAAAUGGAAAAUGUAAUGGUAGUGGGACUAGUACUGGGCACGGCACCAGAUCAAUUGUUUAAGCAAGCGGAACGGGAAGUGGUAUGGGCGGCAUGUCAGCGGGCGGAAAUGGAGAUGGAAAAGAUGGAGGUGCGAGUGGAACUCGGAGACCGGAAAAAUAUGAGACGCCCCAUUAGGACGAUGAGAUGCGUGCUACCCCCGUUUCUGGUGGAUGCAGUCUUUGGGACCAGGGAUAGAUUGGAACGGAUAUGCCGGUCGAUGACGCACCUGAGGCUGUACCAAUGUGUUAGACAAGACUUCUUUAGGCUGUCGGUGGAAGCGGGGCCGUUUGAAGGAAACUUGGCGGAAGAAUUAGCUGAGGUAUUAAACCUCCUCGGCACGGACAAAAUCUUUGUUCCCAGUAGGGAAUCGAUGGCUCGAGAAUUCCAACUGAGGGAUUGCACGUUCGAAGGAUGGAAACCAAGGCGGAUUAAGGGGGGGGUAGAGAUGCCCUUGCAUGCGGAAUAUGAAUGGAGAGGAACGACGUGUGACUGGGUCGGGCUUGAGAUUGUACCUGAACUGUCAUACCUAUGGAUAGAACGUGUCUGGAACCCCAUUAGGGAGGAAGAUGGAUGGGAAGACAUCACAGAAGGGAGAGUGGAGUCGGUAGGGACGGUCGUCUUGUCGGAGCAAGGGUGGCAUCUGUUCUGUACCACGCUUACGGCGGGACAAGACCCGAUGUGGCUUCUGGAGGGAGCAGAAACGAGGGCUCAGAAGGCGGGUGAGAGGUUUGCCAAUAAGGGAUGGGAUGAAGUCCACAGCAAGGUCGUAAUGGGGGGAUGGAAAGAGUUUAGACCACCUUGCUCGCGAAAGAGGAUCUGGGUCCCCGAGUUCAUAGUGGACUGGUUUGGGGGUUUUGACCACGUUGCGGAAGUGGCCGACACUAUGAGAAGGGUGCACAUAGACUACACGUGGUUGUCAGAGGAGUUCUACAAAACGUCGUUGAAGUACGGGCCUUUCCAUGGCGAUAGAGCCUGAGAAGUCCUUAUCAUUUUCAAUCUGGACAGGUACGAUCAACUAGAUGUAGCCUCACCUCAGCAGACGUAAGCACGAUCCUGGUGACAAGCCUCCAACUUCGUGGCCCGCCCCACACUAGCCCCAUCGAUAGGAUGAGCAACUCAUCAUCCAACAGGUAAGCCUCUCCUCUCUCAGUUUCUAUUGCGCGCGAUUUGCCCAUUGCCCAGUUCCCACAACACUCGUUCCUUUUAGGGCACAAUCGUGACGAUGGCAAUGAAGAGCCCGACCGUGU